UUAAAAUACAUGAAGGCGUUGGCCAAUUGCACUCAUGUUUGUGUUUCAAGAUACGCAGUGUAGCGUAGUAUGGAAAGAACCUGCAGCUGUUAUCAGAGUUUAUCUCUGAUCACAACUACAGAUAAAAUCCCCAUUUUCUGCAUGUUGAAAUCCAGAUUAGUAGGUAGGCGUAAGGCAAACUAAGCACUAACCUACUAAACACUGACUUUUUAUUGUAGUUUUGUUUUUAACUUCCUAAUGUGUGUGUAUGUAUGGUGUUGUGGUUAUUUUUGGUUGCUUUUUUUGUCUUACUUAUGGAAAGAGACUCUUGGGGAAAAAAUAAAAUUGAGAAGUACUUUUCUUCUCUGCCCAUGUGGUAGUUGCUUAAAAAUAGAAUGUUUUAAGGUGAUUAGGACCUUUAAAAUACUUACUUGGUACCUUUUGCAUACACCAUAAAUGCUUGUGUUGCAACUCUCUAGCUCUUUAGGUUGUGAUUGGCUGUAUUGAGACCAAGCAGCCUUAUCUAUGUUUUUCAUUCCAUGCCAUUUUCAUUUCUAAGGAUAUGCAUAUGCAAUUUCAGAAAUAAGUUUUUGUGAUAGUUUUGCAUCUGUUUGUCAGCCAGUUUAUCUGUUUGAGCAGAGACCCGGAAGAUUCUUCAUUAAAACAGGAUGUUUUUUCUUGGUGUGUCACCUCCUAACAGUUGAGGGAGUACUUUGUAUAAGAUCUUGUAUCUGAAAGGGAAUAGUUUCUUCCAGGUUUCAUUUGAAAAAACUAAUAAAAGUUAGUUGCAUGUGGAUUGUCAUUACAUUUUAUUUGUUUUACUGCUAAUAUACAAUAUUUUAAGCUGCUGUUUGAAUGGUAGUGUUCCACAGGGAAGCCUUUUCAUGCCACUAGCAGCUCAUGUUACAGAGCUGAUGCUGUUGCUUAGCUGACCUGUGCUGAUACACAGUGUGUGUCCAUCCUCAUGCUGCUUGCGCAGAACAAUUCCUUUCGGCUUUUAUCUCUGGAGCAGUCUAUAAAAAUACGAGGAUGUCGUCCUGGGAAGAUCGUUCAGAUGACGGAAGCAGAAGUUCGGGGCUUGUGCAUAAAAUCACGGGAAAUAUUUCUUAGCCAGCCCAUUCUCCUGGAACUAGAGGCACCGCUGAAAAUUUGUGGUGAUAUUCAUGGUCAGUAUACAGAUUUGCUUCGACUAUUUGAAUAUGGAGGAUUCCCACCAGAAGCAAAUUAUCUUUUCCUUGGAGAUUAUGUAGACAGAGGCAAACAGUCUCUGGAAACAAUUUGCCUACUUCUGGCGUAUAAAAUCAAGUACCCAGAAAACUUCUUUCUCUUAAGAGGAAAUCAUGAGUGUGCUAGCAUCAACCGGAUCUAUGGAUUCUAUGAUGAAUGUAAGCGGAGGUUUAACAUUAAGCUCUGGAAGACCUUCACAGACUGCUUUAACUGUCUGCCUAUUGCAGCUAUCGUGGAUGAGAAGAUCUUCUGCUGUCAUGGAGGUCUGUCUCCAGAUCUCCAGUCAAUGGAGCAGAUCCGGAGAAUUAUGAGACCUACAGAUGUUCCUGACACAGGCUUGCUAUGUGACCUGCUGUGGUCUGACCCAGACAAAGAUGUGCAAGGUUGGGGUGAAAAUGAUCGCGGGGUCUCUUUCACUUUUGGCGCUGAUGUGGUCAGUAAAUUUCUGAAUCGUCAUGAUUUGGAUUUGAUCUGUCGAGCUCACCAGGUGGUUGAAGAUGGAUAUGAGUUCUUUGCGAAACGGCAGUUGGUCACCCUGUUCUCAGCUCCAAAUUAUUGUGGAGAGUUUGACAAUGCAGGUGGCAUGAUGAGUGUGGAUGAAACUCUGAUGUGUUCCUUUCAGAUAUUGAAGCCAUCUGAAAAGAAAGCCAAGUACCAGUAUGGUGGACUGAAUUCUGGGCGUCCAGUCACUCCACCUCGCACAGCUAAUCCACCGAAGAAGAGGUGAAGAAAGGAAUAAUGUAGAAACACCAUCAGAUCUGUCAAGGACAAAACUCCAUAUUACAGUAUAUAAUAAGUGUGCACUGUAAAACCAUCCAGCCAUUUGACACCCUUUAUGAUGUCACACGUUUAACUUAAAGAGACGGGUAAAGGAUCUUUAUUAAUUUUUCUAGUAGAAAGAUGUGCGACACUGUAUUGUAACAAGUAUAGCUCCAACUUCUAAUAUCCAGCAUAGAGUAAAAAAUAAAAUAAAAAAUUAAAAAACCUAUUGCAACUGCAUAUUCACACUUACCACAGUUUUUAAAGUUGACCAACAUCCCAGUUAAAACUUGGUGUAAUAGUUAAACCAGAUGAGAGCAUGAUGUUCCAUUUGUGUAAUGUGGUCUUAUUGUUGCUUGAUUGCUUUUACUUUGGUUAUUUUGUAGCUAGAAUGAUGCGACUAUGGUAUCUAGUCAUAUUCCCUGGCUCUCUUUGAAAUUGAAAUACGGAAGGGAAUUAGAACAUCCAUUGAUCUCUUAUCCUCCCUCUAUCCUCAUGUUAUUCAUAGUAAUGCCGCGCAAAUGUGUGCCCCAUUAUAAUGCAAAGUUGAUAGUAUGGUAGCGAUUAAAAGGCAAAUUAUUACCACCAUGCCCAGACUGGACAGCUUGACAGCCAACGUAAAUUGAGACAGGAAAACCUGCCUUGACUUUUUAACUUAAACUGCCACACAAUUAAUUUGUACACUACGCUGUUUUAAAUUAUUGACAUUACACUGUGCUAUGGCACAUCAUUUAACUUAAGACAAAAAUGGUAUUGCCUAUUAGUUGGUAACUUGAUUAUGUGGUACCUUGGCUUUAGUUUUAUUAGCAUGAAACACCUUUGGCAUGCUUAGCUUCCAGGUAACUGGUAACUCCCUACUUGUAUCAGAAUUCAUUUUACGUAGUUCCACAGAACAUGGAGAUCCUUAUUUGCUAAGCCUUUGAAAGCUGACAUUCUUUUUCAUGAGAGGGUGUACUUAAAUGGAUGUUCACAGAUGGACAAUAGGUUAGCUUACUAGUGGUGAGCUAAAACUGCUAAAUGAAUGUCCAACAUGAUUGUAAGGCUUAUGUCACUAAAGAUUUUAUCCUUUGGAUUUUCAUGAUCAAAUUUCAUAUACUAUUGUAUAGACUUCUGCUUUGUAGUGUACUAUAGUAGCAAUACUUUCUGUACAUGAUUGAGAGUUAUGCAGUAUUUCUUUUCAGUUCUCUCCUUUCUCAAAGGGGUAAACAUUGGCAAAUGGCAAGAUACAGAGAAGAUACAAAGUUCGUAGUAGGGUAAACGAAAGGUACAGAUCUAUGAUGCUUUAGGAUGCAAUACUUAUUGGAUAUAAAUACAAAAGCUUUUACUGAAUAUUGUUGAAUUUGUAAGAUUCUUUGGGGGAAGGCUUCAGAUUUAUACCAUUCUAAGUGUGCAUCUGUAGAUGUGAAAAUCUCUACUUCAGUAUCGUCUUUGAAAACGUUAAAUUGAGAAUUCUGGUAACUUGCAUUUUAUGAACUGGCACAUUAUAUAAUGCAAGAGUUAUAUUGAUUUCCGACACAGCGAGCAAGUUCUUCAAAAUGGAUUUAAGUCUUUUCUAAUUCCAUUUUUGUUUUAAAUGCAUAUUUUAAAUGUAGUUUUUUCAUUUAGUAAAAGUUGUCUAAUUCAUUUGAA